GAAACACCGCAGUGAAGAAGAGCAGCGUUACAUCUGUGUCUGAUCCUUCGUCGUUUUGUCCUGGCACUCGAACAUCAUGUCUUACACGGCCGGGUCUUACAUGGCCAAACCCUACGCGGACAAAACCUACGGCGACAGUGUGUACACGGGAUAUCCGGAUGAGAAGUCGGCAAAAGAGGUGUACGAUGAGCAGGUGAAGCACGAGAAGAGAAAGAGACAGGAAUCUAUCUGCUGCGAGGUGGUUGCGCUGAUCAUCGGCUUCUUCGGACUGAUGGGCGUCGCCUCCGUCACAGGCCUCCCGAUGUGGAAGGUCACCGCGUUCAUCGAGGAGAACAUCAUCGUGAUGGAGACGCGUUGGGAGGGAUUGUGGAUGAACUGCUACCGGCAAGCCAACAUCCGAAUGCAAUGCAAAGUCUACGAUUCUCUGCUGUUUCUCCCGGCCGACCUCCAGGCCGCCAGGGGUCUCAUGUGCUCCUCCGUCGCUUUGACCACCUUCGCCUGCAUCGUGUCCGCCAUCGGGAUGCGCUGCACCCGUCUGGUAGACUCCCGUCCCAAAACCAAGCACAUUGUUUUGGUGAGCGGAGGGUGUUUGUUUUUGGCUGGCUGCUUGACCACCAUCAUUCCCGUGUCUUGGACGGCUCAUGUGAUCAUCCAGGACUUCUACAACCCGUUGUUAAUCGACGCCCAACGUAGAGAGCUUGGAGAGGCUUUGUACAUCGGAUGGGUCACUUCAGCUUUGCUUUUCUGUGCCGGGGUGAUUCUGCUCUGUCGACAUGCACCACGGACCCAGGAUAAAGAGAACAUGGCUGCUGUUCUUUAUCGGGCUGGAUCGGCUCCGUAUAACUACUCCUACAGGUCCGGAUAUGGAUACCAGCCUGCAUACGGAUACCAGCCCGGGUAUAACUAUCAACCGGCCUAUUCUCCUGUCCCGACAGUUUAUAACCCUUCAAGAUACUGAGACACACAACAUCUUCUAUAGAGACUCCAAAAAAGAAGUUGAGUUGGGAACAAUCUGCAUUAGGAUUCAGAAGAAAGCAGGACUGAUGGAGCCUCAUUUGAUUAAAUGUGACUGUAUAUGUGAAUAUUAGUUUUUACAUACUUGAUUUGAUUGCAUUUCCUUCUUUUCUAAAAGUUUGUAAUUUGCACAGAAAUAAUAUGCAAUAUGUGCUAAAAUUAAGAACACCAACAUGUGGGAUAUUUCCACACAGCAUUUAACUGUGUAUCCAUGACUUAAUGUUGACUCUGUCAUAUGAUUGUUUGUUUUCCACUCUGUCCAUUUUUAAAGCAUUGGUUUGAUUGUAAUUGUAUUAAAUAAAUGUGUGAAA